AUGGUUCCGAUAGUCCGAAAUGAAGAUCGAGGAUUUUUGAUAAGCCAUGACUCGGAACCAUUUGUGGACGAAGGUAUAAUUGUAACUAAUGGCUUAAACUUGUUGCCGUGGAAUGAGGUUUUCCCAAAAGAACCAGAUCAAGAAUCUAAUGACAGUGAACAAGAUAUAGAGACAGAACCUAAACGAAAGAAACUAUCAAAACAUGAUAAACGUGAGCAGAAACUUCAAAAGAAAGCAAACGCUGCUAGGAAUAAACGAUUGAGAAGACAAGAACAAAUGGAUACAUCGUCAUCAUCUUCUAUACCUCCUCGGUCUCAGUACAAUCCUUAUAGUUCAAGAAUCAAGAUAAAGGAGUUAUACUCCAAGAUUAUUGCCUUGAAUAAGACUACCGUUUCUGAUAAGGUGAAGGAACAGAAAAAUGUAGAUCGAAAAUUAUUUCAAUAUCAUCUGAUUGCCAUGUAUCUUAGUGAUUUGGAGUUAUAUCUUCCAGGAGAAUGGCUUAAUGAUAACAACAUUCUGUUUGCAUAUGAAUUACUUAAUUAUUCAUUCCUUCAAGACGAUUCACAAGCUUUGAAACAAAUACAAUUGUUGUAUCCUUCGCUAGUUCAACUUUUCUUGCAUUAUCCGGAUGUUGAUGAUUUGGCGUCGAUGUUACCUCCAGAAAUAAAACAAGCAAAGUUUAUAUUCUUACCGAUAAACUUCAUCGAUGACUAUGAAGGUAUAGAUUUGGAAGAAAUCAACGUGGGGGAUCAUUGGGCACUAACAGUGUUGGAUAUACUUUCUGGUGAAUUGUUGGUAUAUGAUUCAAUGGUAGCUGAAAGUAAUGAAAGUAACACCAAAUUGGUACGAGAAUUGAUUCUGAGAUUAUUGAAAUGUGAAUCAGUAUUUGGUAACCAGUUAAAACAUGUUCAAGUCAAAUAUAUGAAAUGCGACCAACAAACAAACUUUGAUGACUGCGGUAUAUACGUUGCAAUGAUCACCAGUAUGUUAAUAUAUCGGUUGAUCAGUACCCCUGUGGACCAAACAAUAAGUUUAGAUAUUGGUAGGGUUAAGUUUGAUCCCUUAUCUGGACGAUCUAUGAUGCUUGAUCUUGUUUAUAAAGUAAUGCAAUCAGUCAAUUGA